CUGAGCGGCUCUUUGGCCAUGAAACCAACCCGCAGUCACUGAAGCCAAGAGCAUCAACAUGAACAAUUAACUGUGACCCGGAGAAUAUGAUCUGGACUCAUCAAGCUGAGCUGACUGAGUCUAACGAGGGAGGAGUGUCGGAGAGAUGAGACAACAUCACUCAUUUGUUGGAUAUCUGUGGUGUGAAUGACCUCUGGGAGAACGGUACCGGGAAUUAAGGAUUUCUAAUACUUUGUCUUCUACAGGCUCCAAUCCUGUUACAGCGUCAGAUACGGUUCAGUCGAGGCUGUUGUGCACUCACAUUGUACUUACACAUUCACAUUAUCUGCAUCAGAAUAGGCUGCACGGCUCAAGGCUCCGGUGAAAUCACCGCAUUGUCUUAGUUUAUCCAUUCACUUGAAUAGCCUACUGCUGCAUACUGUAGUUCAAAUUGUUUAAUCCCGAAGUGCCGGAGGGGUGACGCGAAAUUUCCCGUAUUAUUGUUGCUUGUAGUUCAAACAGUAUACUUAAAUAUUUUGACAGUAUUUGCAUCUUUGUAAAUACACUGUUGCGGUUGCUUCCCUGUUAAAAAAAGAGAAGCGGAUUUUCAUUUCAUUGUCGUCUGCUCCUCAAACACACCGCUGCAUUUGACUUUAAACGCUGUUGAAGACUUUUGCCGGGCGCAUCUGCUGUUGGAUAUGAUGAGCUGGUCAUCUGCUGUGGGAACAUUCUUAAACCUGCAGGCAGAUUAGCAGUGAGAGGGACACGGCAUCUGUCAGGACAUUUCUGUGCCAGGACUCUGCGGGGAUGCUGCGGGCCACGGCGGGCUCGGUGGAGGAGAGGGACGAGGAGCAGGAGGAUGAAGGUGAAGAAGAGCUGAGGGAUGGAGGGGUGCCCUUCUUCGUCAACAGGGGAGGCCUGCCGGUUGAUGAGGAGACUUGGGAGAGGAUGUGGCGCCAUGUGGCCCGGAUUCACCCCAAUGGUGAAGCUUUGGGGAAGAGGAUCCGGGGCGCAACUGACCUGCCCAAGAUUCCAGUACCGAGUGUGCCUACAUACCAACCUACCACCACUAUCCCACAGCGCCUGGAAGCCAUACAGAAAUACAUCAGGGAUUUGCAGUACAAUCACACCGGAACACAGUUUUUUGAGAUUAAGAAGAGCCGGCCUCUUACUGCAUUGAUGGACAUUGCGAAGGAGAUGACACGAGAGGCUCUGCCAAUCAAAUGUCUGGAGGCAGUGAUCCUGGGAAUUUACCUCACCAACAACAUGCCGGGUGUGGAGCGCUUCCCCCUCAGCUUUAAGACUCAGUUCUCAGGGAACCACUUCCACCACAUUGUGCUGGGAGUUCACAGCGGGGGGCGCUUCGGCGCACUGGGCAUCAGCCGCAGAGAGGACCUCAUGUUCAAGCCCCUGGAGUUCCGAACACUGAUGGACCUGGUGCAGGAGUUCGACGGGGCGUACCGGGGCUACUGGCACACCCUGCGCAAGGUCAAGAUCGGCCAGUAUGUUUCCCACGACCCUCACAGUGUGGAGCAGAUUGAAUGGAAGCACUCCAUCCUGGAUGUGGACAAACUGUCCAAGGAGGAGCUUCGGAGGGAGCUGGAGAGACAUACUCGAGACAUGAGACUGAAGAUAGGAAAGCCUGCACCUCCCUCUCCCACCAAAGACAGGAGGAACAGCAUGGGUUCACCCCUCAGAAACCCAAGCAGUCCCAUACGCAGGAUCAGCCGCAUUGAGAGACGUCCCUCUGCAGAGAAGAAGGUUUUGGAACAGAAACCGUCCGGGGACAUGAACGGUUACCAGAUUCGAGUCUGAGGAGGAAAUUCAGUGAAGUUAAGAGACUCGUCAGCAAGGGUAUAGGACAAUUGUUUCACGUGACCAAUUGAUUUAUUGUUGUUUCAGGCUUCAUCCAUUGUACAGAUUGAUCUAUUCACAGGACCUGCUGUUGAAUAGGUCACCAGCAACUUUUCUCUCCCGAGACAAAUUCAUACACGUGUCUAGAUUGUUAAAAAGCUUUUAUGGAGCUGAGUGCGGGAUAAUGACUGGUGCUUGAAAUACAUCCAAAUUCUGAAAGCGAUCAGAAACCUGGUGAUUUGUAAACAUUUUUUUAAUAUUAAAGCAGAGUUUUGCUAACUGUAUGUAAAAGCUGACUCUUCUCCAAAGCUUAGCAAAACAGCCACCAAGUGUAAAUGUUCUGGACAUAUCGUAGGUUUUCAUGGUGUCACUAUUAGUUCUCCAAAAGAACUCUAACGAGGCUUGUGUACAAGUUGUGUCAUCAUGUUGUACUGUAAGUGUGCAAAUACAUGUAAUGUAAUUUUAAACUUUCAGCUCUGCUGGUCAGCACUUGCUUUUUGUAGUAACAAAAUAGUUUGCAAACCACGACCCUUGUGCCUUGUAUGAAGAUUCAAUGAGAAGGAAAGAAAAACAUGCUGCAGUAGUAGCUGGAGUUUUAUGUCCAAUUCAUUAUUCUCAUUGCCUAACUAAACAUUCAGCAGUGCAAUCUCUGCUCUCCCAACUAGCCAUGAAAUAAACAAUUCGUACGGCACAUUAUUGCGAUCCAAUACACAGAGGUUAACAUGUUAAGCAUGCAAUUAUACUGUGUUUAGAUAAUGAGUGAAUAUGGGAUACUGUACAAUACCUGUUAAGUAUAGUUUAUGAGCAUCAACGUGUAUCUUUUGAGAGAUUUUUUGAGAAAUGGGAGACACAUACUCUGGCUACUGAAUAUAAAACCUUUCACUUGAACCGAGACGGUUGUCAAGGUGAACGAUGGCGACGCAGCUGACUGCCCUCAUCUGCAUUUUCUGGAUUAGUCCCUAGGUCUCGAAGGGAGACACUGAGAAGUCCGUUUUUUUAUAUGUAACCGCUUUAUAUAAGACAUUGUUUCUUACUUUUAUUUGUAGCAACUUUAUCCAGUUGUUCACUAGCCUUAAGUGGUAUCCUAGCAACUGUUUUCCAUUUUAGCCAAGAUGUCAAGAAAUUUGUUUACAGCACUUUUGUAUUUUUUAAUUGGAGAUUGUCAUUUUAUACCUCCUCCAGUACUGAUGAUCACCAGUAAGACCACUUAAUAUUUACCAUGCACUGUUCGAAAUAUGUUGCCACAGUCAACAUUUUUGAGUCUAGGUAUCGUCUGUUUUCAUUUCAAUAUUCUAAAACACACUUAUUUUAUACCAGAAGACUGCUGUUGAUCUACAGUAUCACAAUAAAGACUCACUUUGGAUGUUGC